UGGAUGAUGGUUUAAAUUUAAACGAUAUAAUAGAUAAUGUGGUACAAGAUUUAGGCCAUCAAGUGCCAUAUAACCUGGAAAAUAGAAGGCGAAAUGCAAGGCCACGAAACGAAGAUUACUUCGAAGUAACAAUUCCUCGAUAUACCGAUGUACAGUUUAUUGAACACUGUAGAAUGUCACGAUAUACAUUUGAGGAAUUGCUGAAUAAUGUUGCUCCUUUUAUAAAUAUGCAGCAAAAUGUUAACAUUAAUAUUACUAAAAAAUUAAUGUUUACCAUCUGGGUGUUAGCAAAGCCAGAGAGUUUUUUAGCUGCCAGUGACAGAUUUGGUUUGCCGAAGAGCACAGGGCAUAAAAUAUUUAGAAACAUUACACAUUCUCUGGUACAAUUAAUGCCUCAGUACAUAAAAUGGCCAAAUGCAGCACAAAAGCAAUUAUCUUGUAAUAUAUUUGAGGCUCGAUCACGUGGAUUCCCGGGAGUAAUUGGUGCUAUAGAUGGUUGUCACAUUCCUUGCAAACAACCGAUAGGGAAUGCAAAUGAUUUUUAUAAUAGAAAAAGUUUCCAUUCAAUUAUAUUACAAGGGGUAUGCGACCAUAGAGGAUUAUUUAUUGAUUGUUUCAUUGGUAUGCCGGGUCGCAUGCAUGAUGCACGAGUAUUUCGAAAUAGUCCGUUAUUUCACCAAAUAUCAAAUGCAGAAAGACCUCUAAUUCCAGAGAAUAUGCACUUAAUAGGAGAUUCUGCAUACCCUUUAUUAUAUAAUGUAAUGACACCAGUUAGAGAUAAUGGGCAUUUAACAUUUUCUCAAAGAGUAUACAAUACAAAAUUAAGUUCCAUAAGAUCGAUUAUUGAAAGGGCAUUUGGAUUAUUAAAAAAUAAAUUUAGAAGGUUAAAAUAUUUAGAUAUUUCGGAUUUUAAUUUGGGAAAUGAUAUGAUAGCAGCAGCAUGCGUAUUGCAUAAUUUUAUAAUAAUUCAUGAUGGCAUAAAUGUGGAAGAGGAAGAUGAUUUUUUUAACGAAGCAAAUAUAGAAAUUGAUGAUAUUGUACAUGAGGAAGGUUUGCAAGCUGUACAAAAACGUACACAAAUUAUAGAAUUAUUUUAAAUACAUAUAUAUUUAAUACAUAAAUGUACAU